AUGGCAAGUGGACAGCGGCCUCUAUCUGAGCUGAGCCCAGUGGCUCAACGUAGAAACUCCCCGAGCUGGAAUCAACGCACUAAGACCACAGUCGGUAAUGGCGAUUCAUCUCCGUUCGACUCAUUCAAUUCGCCCCAAUCUCCAAGAUUGUUUUGGAAGGGCAGGGAUAGUGGCUCUCCAACCAGGCAGGGCCCUGAAAACAGGAGCCCUUACGACCCGCACGUCUUCACUACCCCCUCCAAAAGAUCUUCCAUUGAAAACUUAAAACGAGCAUCCCGUGUGAAAAACAGCAGUAUUGUUGCUCGAGAGAAGAAGCAGGAAUACGACCCUGCCCAUGUUCAGGUUCUGGAACGGCCUCUUGCCACUGGUAGACCUCUAAGUUCUCAAUUGAAAAAUAACGCUAAAGAAGCUGGUAGUGUGGAUGGUCGACGGCAGCUGCCUUCUCAAUCCCUUUCCCCAGCUAAACAAAAUCCAUCUGCCAGGAAGGGCGAAUCUAUCAAUACAACCAGCGUUGUUCCAAAGUCGGAGGACAUUGUUACUCCGACAACCUCCCAUACAUCCCCAAGCAGGCCUCAGUCGUCUCCAACCAAAUCAUCUCUGACGAGAGGAAGUCGAUUCGGAAAUAAGAGGAUGUCUUUUGAUCCCGAGAAUGAUGUUUGGUCAGAUGACAAGGAUGAGGGUCCAGACACAACACCACGGCGUCCCUAUAUGCAUCGCCAGACUAAGAGUGUAACUUUUGAUGCAGCACCACCGCAGAUCAAUGAGUAUGAAAUGACAACUCCGGUUCCAUCAUCAAUUGCCUCGAGUUCACGAGAAGGCAGCUACGAUUCUGCUGAUAUGGACGAAGAGGACAGUUUCGAUCGCGGUUCCUUCGUGGGUGCUGAAGACAGCAUUGACGCAUCUUUGGAAGAUACAGACAAGACUCCUGUUGUUCUGCCAGAGGACUGGCGUUUUAUGAGCCCCGAUAGAGUUCGUGAGGAGCUCCAGGGAGAGGAUGACCCUUUCAGUGAAGAUUUCGGUAGCCUUGGCCCCGACGGGAAAUCUCAUUCCUCGCAGGAACCGCAAUCCAUUGAACCCCAGGUUGAAUCUCUAGACUCUAACAGCGAUCACCGUCCUCUCCCGCCACUACCCCCUUCUACUUCCCACUCUCAAGUGACCCCCGACCGGGCCAGCCGGCUUUCUUUGACCAUGGAACUUGCCAAGAGUGGAUCCCGCAAGUUACCUUCCUCAUUGAGUCCAGCCUAUUGCUCGAAGGCUGAAAUAAACCGAAUGGGUCAAGGGUCAGUGUCACUGGAAGACAGGCUUCGUCUCAUGAUGACCCAGACCAGGAACGGUCUCCGGACGCUGAGAAGCAGCGUGAGCGCAGAAUGA